GGAGACAAAGAAGGAGAGGGCAGGAAUAAGCUAUAAGCAUGUCUUUAGCUGCACUCAUCUCCUUCCUGAAAAGUAAAGAGUCCAUCAUCUUCAAUGCCAUAGUAGCAUUGCUGACGGUCGGGGGGCAGCAGCUGUUCUCGUUUUUUGCCUUCAGCUGCCCGUGUAGCCCCACAGAGAACUUGAGGUAUGGGCUGGCUUUCCUUGGAGUGCCUGCUCUGCUCCUGCUCAUUGUGGGGAUCGUGUUCAAUGACAAUACGUGGAGGCUGUUCACGGGGACGACGUACGAUGUGUCCAUCCAGGAGAGGAGCAGGCAGAGCCUCCUGAUGAAGUAUAAACUCCUCUGCUUCGUGCUGGGGAACGUCCUGGGCAGAGCGCUGGUCGCCCCGGUCACGUGGCUGUCGGUGACCCUGCUGAACGGCUCGUACUAUGUGUGUGCGGCCAGCGAGUACGCCGGUGUACAGCACUAUGACAUCUUCACCAACAUGAGUGUGGAGGUCAGGAGGAGAACCCUGGCUCAGUUCCCUUGUCCUCAACUAGUUCUCAGCAACUUCACCAGGAUCAGAGAGGAAGUGCUGCUGGAGCUCAAGUAUCAGUCUCAGGUUAGCGGAUGGCUUUUGGUGGCAUUUGUAGCCAUCUUAUUCUUUGCAGUCCUGUGUGUAGCUAGGUGCUGUUCACCACUCACCUACCUUCAUCUGAGGUACUGGACCAGCUACGUUAAUAAUGAGCAGACUCUGUUUGAACAAGCAGUGGAUCAGCAUUCAAGGAUUUUUGCCCUGGAAAAUAUCAAAAAGUUUUUUGGGUUUGCGCCUGGCAGUAAAAAGGUCACUGAAAUACGCAUGCCGUCACGUUUGGAUUGGAGAACUAUUUCUGGACUUGAUCUCCUUAAAGUAGUCGAUCAGGACUAUUGCCAUUACAGUCUUCUUCAGGCAUGGGCAGAUGAAGAUUUAGGAGAUGGUAAAAUUAUUUCUAUUGAUGUAGAACAAACCGCGGUCGAGGCACCUCCGCCUCUAGUUCCACCUAUAUCUAAAACUGCAUAAA